AUGGCCCAAUACACGAGCAACGCGAGUCCCGCCCAGUCGACUGCGACGGCAGCUUCAGCGCAGUCUUCGGUCCAGCAGCAGGCCGCCGCGGCCGCCGCGGCCGCCGCGGGGAACUCGCAAAACUCGCAGCACAAGCGCGUCUACCAGGCGUGCAUUCCAUGUCGCCGCCGCAAGGUGCGAUGCGACCUCGGCAGCGUCGACAACCCCCACGAUCCGCCGUGCGUGCGCUGCCGUCGCGAGAGCAAGGACUGCUACUUCAGUGCCACCAGGCGCAAGAGAAAGACCGACGAGGAGGACAGCGACGCCGACGAGUAUGUCAUCCGCAAUGGCCGGAAGAAGCUCCACGCCGCCGAUAGCCCUCCGUUUUCACGGUUCGAUAAGCGACAGUACAGCGACACGCCGCUGACGCCCGGAGGAUCGACUGGCCGCUCUCAACCGCUGCGACGACCGGAUGGCUCCAAGGAGAACGGCCGCCGGCGCGAUGGCGAGUUUGGCGAUGGCGAUUCCAACCAGACGCUGGAGAACCUGGAGGCUCAGACCGUCAUGAGGCAGGGCGUCUUUGGUCCUCACGACGCUCUGGAUCUCCUCUACAAGGCCGCGACGGAUAGGUUUGUCAUGCCAUCCUCGGUUGCUUUGGGUACUGCUAACGGCCAGUCCAGCCCGGCUGCCGAUACACACAGGCGCCAGCCAAGCAUGGCCUCGGUUGCUGCAGGGCCGCCACUACAGGCUCAGGCAGCAGACGAGCGGAACAAUCGUGCCAGGUCAAGAGGGCCGUCCAUGUCCGUCCGGCCAGAGCAACCCGUUGACCCUAAUCUGGAUCGACCAACUCUGAGCGCCCAGCCCGGCUAUGAAGAUGCCCUGAGAGCUUGGUCAAGGUUCCGUUUCGUACGUGCAGGAUGGUUCACUGCGCAGGAAGCCAUCGAGUACAUUGACUACUAUUAUAAAUACCUUUCUCCUCUUACACCGAUUUCGCCUCCAACCUUUAGCAACCCUUCAUCUCACUUGACACUCUUGACCGAAGAGCCUAUUCUUACAGUCACCUUGCUUACGAUUUCCUCGAGAUACUGCCAACUUCCCGGCGCUGGUGGUAUUUGUCGAUCACACGCCGUGCCCGAACAGCUAUGGACGUAUCUGCGCGGUAUGAUUGAGAGAUGUCUAUGGGGACAGGAAGCUUUUGGAGGUGGUUUCUGCGGCUCAGGAUCUGCAUCCACUUCAAUGAUCACCGAAGAGUCCCAAACAAGCAGCACGGCGCCGUGGCGAGGACUUCGCAAGGGCAGCUUGAGGACAUUGGGUACGAUAGAGUCGUUGCUGAUCCUGACCGAGUGGCACCCUCGUGCGCUGCACUUCCCGCCGAAUGAGGCCACCGAUGAGCUCGUCCUCCCAAUAGCCGAAGCCUCCCCACUGAUGGCAUCUGAGGAUGAGCUGCACAGAACAGUCGGACCAGGCAUCGGCGGUAAGAGGAUCGAGAGCUGGCUUGAGCCGGCAUGGAGGAGCGACCGCAUGUGCUGGAUGCUUCUUAGUACUGCCAUGGGACUGGCGUAUGAGCUUGGUGUCUUUGAUGACAUUGAUGAGCUUCUCAAGGACGAUGCCAUCACCCGACCAGAGUAUAAAGAUGAAGUCUAUCGUCAACGCGCCAAUCGCAUCAAGCGGCUGCUGCUCAUCUACACGAGCCAGCUUGCCGGACGCCUGGGCUGGACCAGCAUGACGCCAGAGCACCUUCGAAAGGCUGAUCCGGCCGUCGCUCGUCAGAGACCCUUGACCACCGACAGCAGCAGCACGCCUGCGACGAAUCCGUCCUCCCUGGCAAAUGGGUUCAACUAUGUCCCUGAUCUAGAGCUCGAUGAUCAAAUUAUCCAUUGCUGGGCCGGUAUUAGCAACGCCAUGCAUCUCGGCAAUGAGAAGCUUUUCAAAACCCGCAAGCACACCACGGAAAUCAUUCAGUCGGGCAAGUACGUUGACUUGCUUAGGGAUUUUACGCCUCUUCUGAAGGACUGGUACCGAGAGUUUGAGCUGUUCCGCUUGCCGCAGUAUAUCAGGCAUAUCCUUACCAUUGAGUACGAAUAUGUGCGGAUUUACAUCAACUCCCUGUCAUUACAGGCUGUAGUCGAGCGUUGUACGAGUAACACUACCAACGGGGUACAGCCGACGCAUCUUUCUCCCCAGACAAUGAUCAAUUACGGAAAACUGCCACUCGGCCAGCUGGGAGGCUUCACUGUGCAUGACCAGGAGUAUGUGCGCGAGGUCGUGGAGGGAAGCCGGAACCUGCUUCGAACGGUUGUUGAGGGGCUGCUUCCUGGCGGCUAUCUCAAGCACGCGCCUGUGCGAACGUACUUCCGCAUCAUCAGUGGUGCCAUGUUUUUGCUCAAGACCUUUGCCCUCGGCGCUCCUCGCUCCGACGUCAAGAUGAGCAUUGACCUGAUGGAUGCUACCGUGGAGGCUCUGCGCAACUGUAUUGUUGACGACGUCCACUUGGGUAUUCGCUUCGCCGAUUUAUUAGAGUCUUUGACGAGCCGUUUGCGAAACCGCUUUAUUCAAGCGCCCAUGCCACAGGCAUCUGCGAAAGCACAGAGUCCUGUCCCGGAGACAGGCAGCGCUGGAGGCGCUGCGCCGGUGCAGAACGGAGAGAAUGGAGAGAAUGCAAACUGGGUGGGCAGCCACGCGCAGAGGCUUAGGGAUGGCCUCAACGGACAGUACCGGGUGCCAACUCCGACUGCUGAGGCGAACAACAUCUCUGCCACGCCUUUCGACAUCUCUGGCGGAAACUUCCCGUACCAUGGGGCGUCAUCAAUUGGCCCGUCUACCCCUGCGGCUGACAACAACAACACGUCAGCCAACAUGGACGUCAACUUGUUUGACGAGUGGAAUAAUGCUGGAAGUGAGAUGUGGUAUCUGCCCCCUGGCCCAGCUUUCUUCCAGAACAUGGAGAACAGCUCUGUUGCCAUGACUGCAGAGGGCGUCAACGUUGGCGGAUUGGAUCUCUUGGAGUAUAUGGCGAUGGAUCCCGUGCAUUUUCCCGGCUUGGAUGGGGGCAACAGCGGAACAGCCAGCUAA